AAUGUCACUAAAUCUGCGAUUCGGGCUCAGGAUAUAGAUUUUUCGUGAAGAACUUUUUGGAGACAUGGAUUCCUUUCAACCAAUUGGAAAUGUCACUGCAAAUGAGACUGAUACUGCUUACGCACUUCGGGCAAUUGGACAGUCGUUAUCUGAAACUGAAUCAGAAACAAUUGAGCUGCGUUCAAGUCUCCAGAAGCUGCUAAAUUCUGACGAUAAUUUAGAGCAAACCAGGUCUCGAAUUUCUGACAUUGACAAUAGCAUACGUUAUCAUGAAAACAAAAGCAGUCCAAAGGAUAGCAUUCAGAAUUACUCAAACCUGUCCGUAUUCACCAAAAUGCAAUGCGAGGAUAUCCAAAAGGCAUAUCAGAACCUGGCUACCAAGCUUACAAACACGGAAAGUACCGUGCAAAGCUUAAAGCUGCAUUUCUGCAAUAUCCAAGCAAAACAGGAUUUGAAAGAAAAAGCAGUCGCGUUCCAGAAACCGGACGAGCUCAACUCUUCCAAGAGUGCAAGGGCAGACAGCAAAACUCGCGAUGUUUUCGAAAACGAGUUGAAGAAAGUUACAAAGGAGCUGGAUCGAUACAAAGAAGAUCUACACAUUGCGAAUAACGCCAAACAGAAGCUCAAGGAGGAAAACAAAUCACUCAUGACACAAAUUGAACUCAAUCAUGCUGCCAGGCUCAACGACUCAACUAGGAUAGAGAAAUUGGAAAAUGCAAAGAACAAGUGCAACCGAAAAGUGGCAGAAAUGAAGUCCCAGCUCGAUAGAGAAGUGGAAGUGCGACAAUCUUUGGAGAAGAGUCACGGUUCUCUGAUGAACCGACUGCAAGACAUGGAACAACUCAUAGACCAGGAGAGGGCACAAGUUAUAAGCUUGACCAUGGAGCUGAGCAGAAUAGACAGUAAACUCUGUCGAGAUAAUGUCGUAACUUCUUUGAGACGCCAG